AUGACAUCCUCCUACCUCCACCCCCUCCCCUCUAUAUUCAACAACACCCUCGCCAAAUGGGCCUACAUCUCCUCAGCCGCGUUUGCUAAUCUCCCAGGUACAUUCAACCGCUCUGCCCUCGAAGCACCAUGGGCAACAGAAUCCAUCUCGGAUGAUAGACUUGCGCAAACUCUUGCCCAUUUGAACACCACCGACUUCAUUGCCUAUGACCCUGAAUUCUUCGACCUAAUCGGCCCCAACGCCACUAUCGAACACGUCCAGAAACUCGCCUAUCAAUCCCACGAAUCACCCUGCUACAUCAAGGAAACGAAUCAGCUAUUCUUCGUUGAAUGGGGCCCUCCCGGCGGGGACGAGGGGGUUCACUCAUGGCAGUAUCUGCUCGACACUGAGACGAACGAACUCAGAAAGAUCACGACAAGUCCGCCGACGUAUAAUACCCACGGCUGUGUCUACUAUAAUGAGUCGCUGUAUGUCGUUACGGAUGGGUAUGGGGACGAGGAGUCCGGUUCCUUGGUGAAGAUCGUUCCGAAGACGUGGGAGAAGCAGACGCUGGUGAAUAAUUAUCUUGUUCAGCCGUUUGCGGGAUUUAAUGAUUUGGAAAUGGACAGGGAAGGGAACUUUUGGUUGACGGAUUCGAAGUCGGGUUGGGGCCGAGGCAUCACCAACUUCACACCCCCCACGAACCCAAGCAUCUACUUCAUCCAACACGACACCCUCCGCUCAAAGGUCGUAUGGACAACCACCGGCAACACAAACGGCGUCGCAAUCUCCCCCGACGGCAAGACCCUCUACGUCCCAGACACGGGCGUAUCAACCUACUAUCCGCGCCACAAGGACCCGUACGGAAAGCGCGAGCUAUGGGCCUUUGACAUUUCCGAGUCAAGAUCCGUUUUGUCGAAUAAACGCCUCCUGAAUAACCCGAUCGCGUACUUCUACGACGGCGUGCGCGUGUCGCGGAAUGGUUGGAUCUUUGCGGGGGCGGGUGACGGCGUGGAUGUGAUUGAUCCCGAGACGGGGUUCGCGGUGGGGAGUAUCCGGGUAGGCGGGGGCGAUAAUUUGGCGGUUAGUUUGGCGUUUGGGGAGAAUGAGUUGUGGAUUGUGGGCAGAGGAGGCGUGUGGCAUGUUAAGGGGGUUAGGGAGAGGUUGGCGAGGGGAUGGUAG